UCAUUCAUUUCCCCAUGUGGAAGUUGGAACAUUUUAAUUGAAAUCGUCUGUGAUGUCACCCAGCGAACUUUGUAAAUGUUCUCGACAGGCACACACAGUGAGGGUGGGGGGGAAUGUGCAAGUCUGCUUGCCCAUGUGAAUCACCGCACCCUUGCAAACGAGACGAUUACUAAUUCAGCACUGACUGUAUAAUUGGACCGACAGGGGAACACCAACGCAUUCUGCCUCUAUAUAAAAGUGAAGAUCACUGCAGGUGAAAAAACAGAGGCUCUCUUAGGUUAUUCCAACAGUGAACAACCGAGAUGGCUACAUAUCUGUCCUUACUGCUGCUGUUUGCAUAUGCCUCCACAGGCUCUUCAGAUCCAAGUAGCUGUAGGGGUCGUUGUGGAGAAGGCUACUACAGAGGAAGUUUGUGCCAGUGUGACUACGAGUGUCUGAGCUUAAAUGAGUGCUGUUCAGACUUUACACAGUUGUGUACUACAAAGGACUCAUGCAAAGGACGCUGUGGGGAGCCUUUUCAUAGAGGCAAUCCAUGUCACUGUGAUAUUGACUGUGUCUCAUUCAAUCAGUGCUGCCCUGAUUAUGAGAACAUGUGCUUGGUGGAAGAAACCUCCAAUGAGGAGAUGACCAUUGAUGAAGGAAUUGGAGAACAGUUAACGACCCCUAAAGAUGAAAGUAAGUCCACACCUUCUGAGGACCUUGAUGCAAGCAGCAUGCUCCCUACUGAUGAGAACCCAACAGAAGGUCCAUCAAGUGCAGCACCAACAGAAGGUCCAUCAAGUGCAGCACCAACAGAAGGUCCAUCAAGCACAGAACCAACAGAGGGUCCAUCAAGUGCAGCACCAACAGAAGGUCCAUCAAGCACAGAACCAACAGAGGGUCCAUCAAGCGCAGCACCAACAGAAGGUCCAUCAAGUGCAGCACCAACAGAAGGUCCAUCAAGCACAGAACCAACAGAAGGUCCAUCAAGCGCAGCACCAACAGAAGGUCCAUCAAGCACAGAACCAACAGAGGUUACCCCUGUCCCAAAGAAGACGCCAUCCACUACUGCUCCAGUGAAACCAACAAAAAAACCCAUUAAACCUAGCACAGACAAGAACGACAAAACAGAACCAAAGGAACCUCUCAAGGAUCCUAGUGGCAUUGUUCCAAUCAAACCAGUGGAAAAACCUCUUAAACCUAGCUCAGACAAGAAUGGCAAAGAUUAUCAAGCCGAUGAUUAUGACACUAACCUUUGCAGCGGGCGUCCAGUCAGUGGUUUGACUACUCUCAGAAAUGGUACCAUUGUGGUGUUCAGAGGACAUUAUUUUUGGACACUGGACAAACAGAGAAAUCCUGAUCCUCCUCAGUUAAUUACAAAGGUGUGGGGAAUCCCAUCCCCCAUUGACUCGGUUUACACCCGCUGCAACUGCCAGGGCAAAACCUACUUCUUCAAGGGAAGGAACUACUGGAGAUUUGAGAAUGGUAUGAUGGAUCCUGGCUUUCCCAAAUCCAUCAGCCAGGGCUUCGGUCAGAUUGGUCAUAUCACAGCUGCUUUAUCCAUACCCGAGUACAGAAGCAGAAAAGAGUCGGUAAUUUUCUUCAGAAGAGGUGGAAUGGCACAAAAGUAUACAUACCAGAAUACCCCAAGCUGUGGGAAAGAGCCAAAAUAUCCUGCGUUUACAGUGAGGAUGAGAGCCAGACGACAUGCUGAUGCAGCUCUGGGACAAGUGAUCAGUAUCUCAAAGACCUGGAGAGGAUUUCCAACCAUAGUGACCUCAGCCGUGUCUGUUCCCUCAAGGGUGAAAGAAGGAUACAAGUAUUACGUAUUCUCUCAUAACAAGUAUUACAGCAUGAAAAUGGAAAGAGAAAAACCAGUAAUCAUAAAACCUGCUACUGGUCCAAAGGAAAACUCAGCAACCAGCUUCUUUAAAUGCCCAGAAACCCAGAAAAACUGAGUCAUUCAUGUUUUUCCCUCAUGCCAUAUAUUGUAAAUUUAUAUUUCUAGUGAUGCACUUGUCUUAGGUGGAGUGGAAAACAACAUUUCAUGGUAAAGCUGCAUCUUUUGAAGACACAAUUACAGACAAAGAAAGAUUUCCUUCUAAACAAUUUUAUUGUACGGAUGUAAAAGCAUUAAAAUAACAUUGAUGUAUUUCUCAAAGCAUCAAACUAACAAGCAACACUUAAAAUACAUAGCCUUAAAACAGAACAAAGGUAUGGCUGUUCUUUUGGCGAGAAUGUGUUGUUCCAGAGCUGCUUCAUCUGGCAAAACGUCCCCUCAUACCAGUGACGCCAUCUACAGCAAGAAAGUCAAGAAAGCUGUCAAAUCCGCUUGAUCAUGGCUAAAAACUAAGUGUGUGAAAAAAAUAAAGAUAUUUGCCACA